AUGCUCAUUCAAGAAUCCCACGUCGACGUGGAGACGUCUGUCAAUGGGCAGAAUGGCUCGAUGAGAAUCUUCCUUUUCCACCCAACUAUUCCUGGGUAUCCUCAAGCCAAAUUCCCUGGCGUCUGUCUCUUCAGUGAAAUCUACCAAGGUCUAGCGCUCUCCUCUCGCUUUCCCUCAAUCGUGUUAGGAACUGACAAAGGUUUUCAUCUAGUCACUGGCCCUGUCGCGCGUUUCGCCCGUCAGAUCGCUGGUCAUGGGUACAUCGUCGCUGCGCCAUCUUCAUACCAUGACUUCAUUGGACCCGAGCCCUUGAAGUACGAUGUAGAGGAUACGGAUAGGGGCAACCGCUUCAAGAUCGAAAAGACGCUCGAGUCCUACGAUGAGGACUCUCGCAGGACCGUCGACUACCUCCUUACCCUGCCCACCUGCUCUGGCCGCAUCGGCUCCACGGGUAUGUGUCUAGGCGGCCAUCUCGCCGUCCGCGCCUCGCUCGACCCCCGCAUCACCGCCUGCGUCUCCUACUUUGCAACAGACAUCCACACCUCCUCCCUGGGCUCCCCAGCCUCCACCGCCGACCCGACCAUCUCCCUCUUCGCCUCCCUCACCCACGCCGAGUGCGCCAUGAUAUUCGGCGUCAAGGACACCCACGUCCCCGCCGAGGGCCGCGAUCUCAUCCGCAAGGCCAUGCGCGACGCGGACGUCGUUGCCAGCUUCCACGAGUUCGCCUGGGCGCAGCACGCCUUCAUCCGAGAUGAGCUCAGCAAGGGCAGGUAUGACCCCGCCGUGACAAAGGUCUGCUUCGAAAUUCUGCUGGAGCUGUUCACCAGAGUGCUUAAGACGGAUUUGGGGGCGCCGAUGGGGAAGGCACCAGAGCCAGAGCAUGAUUGUUGA